GGAACCGGGCUAGGGUUUGCUGAGGCUCCCACAAGCUACAGUCGCUCCGGGGGGCAGUUCCAUGAGCCGAGCAGACACGGGCUGAGACUGCGACUCCGGAGACUGGGCCUGACGAGUUGGACUCAGGAAGCCAGGCCCCUGGGUGAGCCUCUGACCCUGAGCCCCAGAUCCAACCAGAGAGUCUGAGAGCCAGGCACACUCAGACAUCCAGCUCCACGGGCAGGCGCUGUGCGAAGAAGCCGCAAGGAUGGCUCACCUGCUGGGCAGUCAGGCCUGCAUGGACAGCCUGCGCAAGGACCUCACCGACCUGCAGGGUGCCAUCGUGGACGUGUUCUCGCGUGCCGGGCCUGUGCACUUCCCCUCCUGGAAGUUCCCCGACCGCGUGGCCUGUGACCUGGACAUGGUGGCCCUGCUGGAGCACUAUGACCAUGUGCCGGGUGACCCCGAGUUCACGCAGCUGUCCCAUGCGGUGCUGCUGGAGCUGGUCAUCGACAGGCUCCUGCUGCUGCUUCAGAGCUGCACAAGCUAUGUGGAGAACAUUGGCUCAGAGCAGACAGUGCCCCCAGCAGGGGCUGCAGGGCCCUGCAUGUCCGUGGGUCUCACAGUGCGACGCUUCUGGAACAGCCUGCUGAGGCUGGGCACGUUCAACCAGCAGGAAGUCCCCCAGGAAAAGGCAAACCAAGGGGAGACCCCCACCUCCAAGCCCUCAGCCAAGAGCGAGCCAGCCGGGAGCCCUGAAUUUACAACUGCCAAGCUCAUCAACCCUCCCCCCCCAAUGCCAGGCUUGCCCCAGACUUGCCAAGAGCUGGACAGCCUUCCCUUCAGCAUCUCCCUGCAGGGUCCAGCCAGGACGGCAGAGAACACCAGGAGCGUGCACUCCCAGACCGUGGAGACGGCCCUGGUGCCCUGUGAUGCAUGCAUCAGUGUCCAGGGCAGCCUGCGGGAGGUGGGCAAGGUGGUCAUCAGCCUGUGUCAGAGCCAGAACCUGCCCUCGUCCUUAGGCCAAUUCCAGCAUCUGGUGCAGGACAGCAUGGGCCUCAGGCCACUGCCAGCCACCACCGUGGGCCACUGGGCGGCAGAGCAGAGCAAAGACCUGAUGCGCCUCACCAAGCACGUGGGGGCCCUCACUCAGCUUGUGGGGCCCCUCAGGGCCCAGCUGGAGGAGGCUGAGGGGCAGAAGGAUGGACUGAGGAAGCAAGUGGGUGAGCUGGAGCAGGCCCUGCAGCAGGAGCAGGGGGCACAGCAGCGGCAGGCAGAGGAGUCCGAGCAACGCCUGGCCAAGUGGGAGUGCGACAGGCAGCAGCUGCUCAAAGAAACAAGCGACCUCAAGAUGAAGGUGGCCACCCUGGAGAAGGAGCUGAAGCAGCAGCAGGAGUCUACACAGGCUGUGGAGACAAAGGCCCAGCAGCUACAAGAGGAAGCCAAACACAGAGCCGAGGCUGAGAGGCAAGUGCAGCAGCUGGAGGAGCAGGUGCAGCUGCUGGCAGGGCGGCUGGAUGGGGCCAGCCAGCAGAUCCGUUGGGCCAGCACAGAGCUGGACAAGGAGAAGGCCCGUGUGGACAGCAUGGUCCGCCACCAAGAGUCCCUGCAGGCCAAACAGCGAGCCCUGCUGCAGCAGCUGGACAGCCUGGACCAGGAGCGAGAGGAGCUGCGGGGCAGUUUGGAUGAGGCCGAGGCCCAGCGGGUCCAUGUGGAGAAGCAGCUGCAGAGAGUGCAGAGUGAGAGGGAGCAAGGGCAGUGCCAGCUCCAGGCCCAGCAGGAGCUGCUGCACAGCCUGCAGCAAGAGAAGCAAAGCCUGGAGCAGGCAACCACGGAUCUGCAGCUGACCAUCUCAGAGCUGGAACGGGAGCUCGUGGAGCUGAGGGAGCGGGAGAGGCUUCUGGUGGCCUUCCCAGACCUGCACAGGCCCAUGGAGGCCCAAAUCCAAAGUAGGGGCCCAGGGCUCUGGCAAUGUCACAGACGACAUGGAAAGGCAGGUGCAGGCCAACGACAUCCGCAUCCAGGUCCUGCAGGAGGAGAAUGGGCGGAUCCGGUCGAUGCUGUCCAAAAUCCGGGAGGUGGCCCAGCAGGGUGGCCUCAAGCUGAUCCCACAGGACCAGCUCUGGGUCCCUCCCAGCAAGGGACUCCAGGGAGCAGCGCCCCUGACCCAGGCCCAGAGAGCAUCCCCAGGGUCUCUGGGCAGGCGGCACCCAUCUGGCAGCAGGACGGCCAGUGCAAGCAGGACCCUGCCGGGCCAGCCCCGGGCAACCCCACCUUGCAGUGGGCCCACCAAGUCCUCCUUAGAGGACCUGACUCACUCAACCAACUGCACCCAGAACCCCAUCCGGGCCUUGGCCAGGCUAAGGAGGAGGCUGUCGCCAGGCCGGGGCCAGGUGGGCCCUGCACACCAGCCCGAGCAGCGGCCCACAUAGCCUGAAGCAGGGUGGGGCCAAGAGCAACCCACUGAUGUAAUAAAGCCCAGGCCAUCUGCUCAGUGACCUGGGCCUCAGCACUG